UUUGAUCGUCGUAAAGCACGUGAGCCCCAAGAUGCUUCACUUGAAACGAGAAAAAGCCCCAAGCGACAGAGGAGAAGGCAAACCAAGGUAAAGGGACCUUUAUUUUUCUCAUUCGCUCGAAACUCGAUUCUUGAUUGAUUCCUUCGGCGACGAAUCAGCCAAUCAAAUUCAUACCCAGAUUGGUUCUGGAUCCGAUUUAGUUCAACGGGUCGGAUCCAGUGAUCUGGCACCUCAACUUGGAAAGUGUUGGCACUUCGUCGUAAAAAAGCUAUGGAAAUUUCAGGUUUGUUCUCAUGAAAACAGUAAUGUGGUGAUUUCCUCGAAGAUUCAUUGAGGAUUCAUCAAUGGAGGAUCCAGAAAUCUCUCUUUGCCCAAGUAUUUACUACAGACCUAUAAACCCUAAUGAUCUAGAUCGUUUGGAGCAAAUCCAUCGUGACAUCUUCCCCAUCAAGUAUGAGUCUGAGUUUUUCCGAAGUGUUGUGAACGGAGUUGAUAUUGUCUCAUGGGCUGCUGUUGAUCGGAGCCGCCCUGAUGAUCACUCUGAUGAACUCAUCGGUUUUGUUACUGCUAAAUGCGUGCUUGCUAAAGAUAGCGAGAUAGAUGAUUUAAUACAUUACGAUUCCUCAAAAGUAGAGGAGACUUUGAUCUACAUCUUGACACUUGGAGUUGUAGAAACAUACAGAAACAGAGGAAUCGCAAUGUCACUUAUUAGUGAGGUGAUUAAAUAUGCUUCUGGUUUAUCCUUGUGUCGAGGACUUUACCUUCAUGUGAUUGCACACAACAAUCCUGCGAUCCGUUUGUACCAAAGAUUGAUGUUCAGAUGCGUACGGAGAUUAUACGGAUUCUAUCUAAUCAAACAACAGCAUUUUGACGCCUUCUUGUUUGUCUACUUUAUCAACGAUUCUCAAACUCCUUGCUCACCCUUAGAGGCGGCGAUGUUUGUUGUCAACUAUAUGAAGAGUGGAAUCAAGUCCGUGGCAUCUAAGCUGGCGAACAAGGAGGAGAAAGGUUUGAAAUGGUUGAUUUGCAAAGACACGGAUUGCGUCUUACCCACACAAACCAAAUCAAAUCUCGGAUCAUCAUCAUCCGGGUACGAAUUCAUCUGAUUUAAACUAAUAAUUUUUGAUUCAUUUGAUUUCUCAUUCUGCUCUCUGUAAUAAAAAUGUAAAUAGUUACUGUUAUUGUCGCCUUUGUUAAUAAAAAGUGUUGGAUUAAGAGUUUAUCACCA